AUGGCGACAUCCAAGAAGGGGCCUCUCUAUCCCAGCAGGGACAGGGCCACCAGGAUGGCCCCCAACCUCAAGCCCUCCAGCAGCGAGACCUCCUCCUCCGGCUACGGCGCGCGCCGGGCGAGGUCAGUGCCGAGCUCCCCAGAUCGCAAGCUCGGUCCUUCGGCUGCCGCUGCGGCGGCUCCUUCCGCCUCCCCGGACAUGUGCCGUCCCUCAUUGUCACACGCUGGCCGGUCCAUCUCUUCACGAACAAUGUCCGGCUCAGGCUCAUCCAUUCAUGGCAGCAAGCCAGCCUCAAAGCCGGCUCCGGCUAGAGCGAAAUCCGACAAAGUCACCGCCAACUCACAGCGGCCUCAUGCGCUCGCUGGACCGCUGAGCAGUUCCUUCAAGGACAUGGCCAACACAGUGCCAGCCUCCAACUCGCCUUCUACCUUGCUGAAGAAUAAGCUUUCGCCAAGGCCCGCCCCUGGCAAAGGGGUGGCGCCCCCAAAGCCGAGCAUCGAGAGGGCGCCAUCGCCGGGGCCUUUGAGAGGUGGGAAGCCUCUGCCCGCGUCCUCGGCGCGCGCGCCAGGCACGGCGGCAAAGAAAAGAGAAGCAGCGGCAAAUGGUGGUGCUAACGCAAGCUCAAGGCCAAGGGGUGCUCCUCAGAGGGCAGCGGAGCCAUGCACUACAACCAGGAAGGAGAAAGAUGACGAGCCAUCGAUGCGGUUUGAGGAAUCCGAGAGCCUGACCACUCCGUCCAUCGAAGAUCAGUUGCAGGAGCAGCUUCCUGACCCUGUGGACCUGAAACCCAUCGACAUGGCUGCUUCCGCUUCUGCUUCACCUCGACGCAAUCAGCAGGGGCCGCACACUCAGCAACAGGGCAAGAAUGAGGAGGAAAUCAAGGAGCAGCCAGAGAAAGAGGAUGCUGAUGCCGGCGGAAACGACAUUGCAAAGGUUGCUGAUAAAUUGGAUCGAGCGGCAGAGACAGAAGAGGCUAUGACGAAGGCAAGCAGCAGGACUGAAGCUGCUCAGUCAUGGAGGAAGGAUGAUCCCAAAAGCAACGACGUGAUCGAGGAGACGAAAAGCAAGCUCCUGGAGGAGAGGCAGAGCAGGGUGAAGGCCUUGGUAGGGGCCUUCGAGACGGCCAUGUCCUUCAAGGAGUAG